AUGAAAAAUAGUCUUGAAAGAUCUAAAUGUUCAUUGCCUCGAUUAAAAGAUUACUCAAAGGAGAAAGCAGAAAAACUUAAAUCCUUUUUUCGAUCCAAUCGAAGCAUAUCAGAAAAUAAGAUUAUUCAAAGCAAACUAAAAACAUAGAAAUUGCUGUAUAAUGAUGAAUUUUCCGAUGAUCAUGGUGUGAUGGCAUAUUACAUAAAAAGCAGCGAGAAAUUGAUUGGCAUGAGAUAGAUGAUAGAGAGCACUACAUUAAAGCCAGGUUAAGGAGAAUAUAAAAAGAAGAAUUUCCCUUUGGGUCUCUUGUAACACAGUUCUUCGCUUUUAAAAUAAAUUAAAACAGAGACUGAAGCAGAGUAAUUCAGGGAUCAAGAUACGAAGGAUUAGAACGGGAUGGAGAGUUUGUCAUUUUAAUAGGAAUUAAGCCAAAACGAGGAUCAAGACUAUGAUUUGUUGAGUGAAGAGAGCAGUAGUGACGAGCCAAAAAGGUUUGAUGGAGUUGAGUUACAAUAAGAAAUCAAGAAAAUAUAGCAUAAACUACAUCAAGAAAUAGAUUAAUCUUAUUUCUACUUCAUCAAAAGAUAGGAUAGAUUAAGAGAUUUGGCCAUCAAUUUCAACAAAAAAAAUGUGGAUCCUAUUAAUUUCUAUUGUCUCAAUGAUAACAUAUUUCCGAAACGAAUAGAUCUAUCGAAUUGUUUGAUCAACAAUAAGGAAAUGCACUUUUCAGAUCUAGGGUUGACGGAGAAGUACUUUCCAUUGAUAAAAAAUCUAUUGCAAUCUGUUAAAAGUAAAGCAGUAAAACAACUGUUCUUAUGUAAUAAUCAAUUGGAUGAUAAGUCCCUAUUGUAUUUGAUUGAGGGAUUUCCCAUUGCAUUAAAGGAAGUCAACUUGGGCAACAAUGUAUUGGGCAGAAGAGGAGCAGGCAUAAUUGUAAGUCACAUCUCCAAAUUUCUGAACUUAAAAUCAUUAAAUCUCCAAAAUAACUUACUAGGAGAUAAAGGCGUGACGCUAUUGCUUAGCAGCAUUCAGAGGAAUAUGACUAUCAUCAAACUAAAUUUGUCAGAAAAUUAAAUUACUGAUUCAUGUUCUACGGUCUUUUAUCAGUUUUUGUUGUAGAAUAAUUUUAUUGAAAUUCUAGUGUUGAAUUGGAAUUAAUUGGGACCUACCACUGGAACUAUGAUAGCCAAAGGUUUACAAUAAAAUAGGUCAGUAAAAGUCUUAGAUCUAAGUUACAAUCAUUUGGGGUAGAAUGAAAGAAGCAAUUGUAUCCAAUGUUGGUGUGAAACUAUUACCAACUCAUAAUUCUCGUUAGUCCAUUUGGAUAUCUCGUAUAACUAAUUGAGUGAAAAACAGUUAAGGUAAUUCAGUUAGGCCUUGCUUAAAAAUAACAGCUUGUAUGGCUUGCAUAUUGAAGGCAAUAAGUGUUCAGCCAAGGUGGAUCCUUAUGGAUUCAUUCAAUUUAUAAGUGAUGCCGAAGAAUUUAAAGUAGUAUAAUAAAAAAAAAAUGUUAUAGAUGGAGUAAACUACAUUCCAAUCUAGGGGGAUAGUUUAUUUGGGAAUGAUUGUUGUUGGAUUUGCUAAGGAUGGAUGGAGUAUCGAUUCCAAUACAAUCCAGAGAAUGAUAGCAAUCAGGAUCCAAUAUUCAUCCAUCUUGAUUUUCUAGAUUACUAGCCAAUUCCUAUGACCUCGAGUUACGAAUUAAGACAAUAAUUGAUUGAAGCAUCAAAGAGAAAAAGCAGUUACCUAGAUCUUACCACGGGUGAAAUUAUACAUCAACUGAAAUAGCUGGUCAAUAAUGAAAAGAGGAUAACUUUGGCUGCAAUCACAGAAGCAUACACUGAGGAAACCAGUAAGAAGAGUGAAGAAAUUACAAAAUAAAUGAUACAAGAAUUAAGUAGGUUUUAUUAUACCACAUAUCAAAUGUGUCCUCCAAAGAAGAAGAUACUGUAUUUCUUUUCUAAUCCUAUUCGAGAAGAAUACUUUAUUGAUCCCAGAGUGAUGACCAUGCCAGCCCCAUUGGACAACUUAAUACUCCAAGGCAAAGACCCAAAGCACUCUAUUCACAUAUUCCAAGAUGGAACCAAAUUGGCUUUUAAGAAGAUCCAAUAUGUUAAUUACAUCUAUUCAAGAUAGGAAUACAUAAUUGAUGACAAGGACAAUUAUAAGCCCUUGAUUAAAGUCUUCCCCAGAUCAUCAUAGAAGAAAUAUGUACUGAGGAGAUUUGCCAAUUGCUUAGUCAGAAAACAGGCUCAUCUCAUUAAGUGGAAUAAGGAAGAUUCCAUUUUCAGACCAUUCAUAGGAGACACUGAAGAAUUGUUAAAUGAGUGCUUCGAAUAUGACUGGAAUAGUAGUAAAAUCAGUAGAUUUGUUAAAAGCGAGUAUGAAAGAAUAAAACUUAAAGAAUAUUUCAGAUCUAGCUAUUAACUUCUGAAAGAUGUCUACAAAUUUUAUUCGAGUUUGGGCUAUCAACCUCCCAACUUUGAUGUUUUUUGCAUUUAAAUUCCCUAAUACAUGAAACUAAUCAAUAAAUUAGCCAUCAUUGAUGGGGAUUUGUUGAAAUCGUAAGAUGUUGAUAUCGACAUAGUUUCAUUAAAAAACAAUAUCGAUCCUAAGUAUAUUUACAAUCCUGAAAAAGCAUUGGUAAGAUAUCAGUUUUUGGAAAUGUUCUUCAGAAUUGCCAAUGACAAAUAUGUCAGAAAUGAUAUUUAUAAGAGCUAUGCUGAUGCUCUCUUUAGAUUACUCAAGGAAUUCAAGGAAUAAUAUGAGUACUUUGACUAAAUAUAAGAUUGGAGAACUUAAAGACUGUGGACACGAGAAUGCGAUCAUCUGUUAUAAAUUAAAAUGCCCUUUGUUAAAAAGCUCUAUGAUUAUGUCACUGAUAUUGCUAAUAGAAAGUGGUAUUUUAAAUUAAAAUGGAUUUCAAUCAGAGAAUUCAAGGAGUUCUGCAGAUAAUUCAAUCUUCAUGAAUAUCUAUCAGAGAAACAAUAGGUCAUCAUCUAUAAUUUCUCAAUGAUGACUCAAGUCGAUGAAUUGACAUUAGAUAGAAACAUAAGAAUGACUUUUAUUGAAUUUGUUGAAGCAUUAGGACGGAUAGCUGAAAGGAUUAGUGCUGCACCUAUCACUGAUGCGGCUGAUAAUUACACUCUCUUAUAGAGAUAACUGUUGCCCUUGCAUAUUAAGUUAGAAACUUUGUUGACUUACUUGUACUACUAGAUGAAAUAAAAAGAUAUAGAGUUCGAGCAGUUUUGUGACUUAUUUGUGUAUUUCAAACCGGAUUAAUCACCCAAGAUCAGUAUGCCUAAGGUAGAUAAAAACAAGAAACCAGAAAAAGACCACGACUAUCACAAUGUUAUUACUUCUCUUACUCUUUAUAAUGCAGUCUCGUAUUUAAAUUAGAAUAAGCAGCCCUAUUUGCAUCCAAAAUAUAAACAGUUUUUAAAACAAAAUUUAAUCCAAACAGCCCCUGUCCGCCCUUUCUAACAUAUUUUAUAAAGCGAUAAGAUACGAAAACCAAGAAUGAUUAUAGAUCCUUAAAAUUUGGAAUUAAGAUCAAAUGUUUAAUAAUUGAAUAAGUAAUAAAGUCCAAACAUGUAAACUACUCUCUCUUAAAAUGCAUGA